CCGGCGCCCACUGAGCGAGCACUAUGUGCGCUCCGGGUAGUGCAAUCUAGCCUGGCAUCCGCCGCGGAUGUUUGCGCUUCUUGGGAGAACUAUAAAGUGCACCGGUCGACUCAGGACAAUGCGCCUUGUCUCGGAUCAGCUAUUCGCGGCUCUCAUUCGACUCGAUCUUGUUGAACUAUGCUAGCCACUUCCAUUGUGGCCGUUGUUCUUACUGCUCUGGUUCCGACUGCUGCCUGCGCGGAGCUGUUCCAAUGGUUCAGUGACUACGACUGCAAGGAUCCCGUGAACGGAGCUUGUAUCGCGAGCGACGGAGGAUGCUGCACGCCGCCGUAUCCUCCGGGUAUCAACUCCGUGUAUGUCUCCGCAACUGACGACGCCGCUGAGAUCAGCUUCACGAUUUACGCAAACGCGAAUUGUCAGAACCCCGUUGAUCCCAUCCUCCAGUACUCUGGGUCCGGUGCUGCGGGAACUGGCUGCUACAACGCUGCAAAUGCGGCGGUCGGCUCAACUCUUGGUGGCGAGGAGGAGUGAAGUCCCCGUAUAAUGUAAUAUUGAACAGACCUUGCCAUAUCGUUUCAUAUCGCAGGCGGUCAUGGCUACCAGACUUCUGAUGCAUACGAGGGUUGAUGUGACUAUUAAGAAAGGCGGCUGCCAUACGACGGUAGCCCAUAGUCGACUUGCGAGUCGGGCAGGACGGGCAACUGACGCAUCGCCGCGGGCUUCCGCUGCCCGCUCCUGGAGCAGGUCGUGUUGUCUGGAUAUCGACGACAGGACAGCUAUUAGCAGAGC